UUCUGCAUUUUAAUCUAAUGAGCUGAAUGAACAUCAGAGAAAUCUCAUUAUGCAAUAUACAAAAGUCCUUGUGUUCCCUGUUUACCACCCAGUACACCCAAAAUAGCAAGCAGUAAAAUACUGGGAGUUUUGUAAAACUGAACACAAGAGCUUUUUACUGGAAACAGGGUGGAUGAUGUGGACUUUUACCAAACUAAUACAAGAUGAUAGUGUGGUUUAGAAGAUUAUGGAAUUCAGUGUCCCAGAGGACACACUGAACCAAGUACAAUGUGAAGCAUACAUUGCUUAAAAGAAAUUUCAAGGAUAAAUAGAUUUUUUUUUUACCGUUGGAAUGUACAAUAUGAGAAACAUUUCUACAUGGCUUUCUAUAUUGGCGGAACUUUUCAUACUAUGGCCUUGUAUGAAUUUAUUGAAUAUUCCUAAUCAAGAAAUGAAACCAGGAAAUCUUGUAAGGGUAAAGCGAGGAUGGUCAUGGGAGCCAUUGUAUGUCACUGAGGAACAAGAAGUGAAAAAGCCAAUGUAUGUUGGUCAGCUGAAAACCGACUCUGAUGAUCAUGAUGACUCCAUUAAAUAUGUUUUGUUGGGGGAUGGAGCUGGAACAAUAUUUGUAAUGAAUGAACAUUCAGGAAAGAUCUCGGUGAUAAAAAAACUUGACAGAGAAGAAAAGCCCUUUUAUACUCUAAGAGCCCAGGCUAUAAAUAGAUUCACAGGCAUUCCUGUUGAAGCGGAAUCUGAAUUUGUCAUCAAAGUCUUGGAUAUCAAUGACAAUGAGCCAAAGUUUAUCAAUGAACCUUAUAUUGCAGAAGUUUCAGAGAUGUCCCCUAAAGGCACAUACAUCACUCAAGUAAUAGCUACAGAUAAAGACGAUCCUACAAAUGGAAAUAAUGCUCGGUUGGUUUACAGCAUUUUACAAGGACAACCACAGUUUUCUAUUGAGAUAAAAUCAGGGAUAAUUCGAGUCGCUUCACUAAUUGACAGAGAAACUAAAGAUCAAUAUCAAGUUAUAGUGCAAGCCAAAGAUAUGAUCGGUGAUGCAGGGGCACUAUCAGCGACGGCAACUGUAAUAAUUAAUAUACUGGAUGUUAAUGACAAUGCACCAAAAUUUCAACAAAAGACAUACGAGAUGUCAAUAAUCGAAUCAGCAUCUGUCGGAGAAAUAGUUGGAGUGGUUUUGGCUGAUGACAUUGAUAUUGGAAAAAAUGCGGAAGUGACUUAUUCAAUAGAACAAAGAGGGGAUUACAAUAUGUUUACUAUAAGUACUGAUGUUUUGACAAAAGAAGGGAUAAUUCGACUAAAUAAGCUUGUCGACUUUGAAAGCAGAAGUAGAAGAUACAACAUUCAAGUAAGAGCAGAAAACAAGUAUAAAUCUGACCUGUUUGAUACAGCAACCAUUAGAAUAUUCAUUGUUGAUGUUGAUGAGCCUCCAGUGUUUCUUGAAAAAGAAUAUUUCAUGGAAAUCCCUGAAAAUGCCACAGUUGGCUCAUAUGUUGGUUCUGUGACUGCGAAAGACCCUGACAGAACUGAUACCAUUAUAAGGUAUGGAAUUCUUCACAACAAACUCUCCAGAUCAUUUGAGAUUCAUCCAAAUAAUGGUUCUGUAUUGACAAUGAAAUAUUUGGACCGAGAAGUUGAUCAGUGGCAUAACAUAACAGUUACUGCAACAGAGGCAAAAUCUCCAGCCUAUGUUUCAAAUGUCCAUGUGUAUAUUCGAGUCAUGGAUGUUAAUGAUAAUCCUCCGCAACUUCAAGAUAUGCCAGAUAUAUAUGUUUGUGAAAAAUCAGCAAUUGGACAGCCUGUACACACCAUAACUGCAAUAGAUAAGGAUGAACCUAAGCUCAGCCAUGUAUUCUCUUUUACUCAACACCUUGAGGAAUCAACCAUUGCAAAUUUUACUAUUACAGACAAUGAAGAUAACACGGCUACCGUUUUGACAGCACAAGAUGGAUAUAGCGCUGAAGAUAAUCCAUUAUUUUACUUGACAGUUAUAAUAAGUGACAAUGGGUCCCCUUCACUCAGCAGCACCAGUACCUUAGCCAUUAAAGUCUGUGAUUGUGACGUUGAUAACAAUACAGAAUCCUGUGGAAAAGGAGGAUUUUUCUUUACCUUUAUGAACUCAGGAGCAAUCAUUGGUAUCUCAGUUUUCAUUCUGUUAAUUUUAGUGUUGGCUUUACUUGUGCAUGUGGGAUGUCAGAAAAAUCACAAUAUCAUGAGUGAAAAAGGAGAAGACUUGAAAGAAAACAUUGUCAAGUAUGAUGAUGAAGGGGGAGGAGAAGAGGACACAGAAGCUUUUGAUAUCACAGGACUCAGACAUCACACAGUAAUGCGAGAGCGUAAGCCAAAGAGGACCAUAAGAACUGAUAUUCAGAGUAUGUAUCGACUGUCAUUGGGGCUUGGUCCUGACGUUGCCAUAUUUAAGGAAUUCCUAUCAGAGAAAUUAGAAGAAGCAAAUACAGACACAAGUGUUCUUCCUUUGGACUUCCUUCAUUGCUAUUCUUUUGAAGGUACAGGCUCUCCAUCUGGAUCACUUAGCUCACUGAGCUUUACUGAGAGUAAUGUAUCAGAAAUAGAUCCAUAUUAUUGAAAAUCAAACAUAAAUGAAUAUUUUUAUUUUAUUUUUAUUGUGCUUUACGAUACUCAUGACUUGUGGAAAUCUUGUACAUUAAAUAAAGGGAGGUCUUGUGGCUGCUAUGGAUCUGAUGGAUAAAGGGGUCCCAACCCUGGUUUGUCCCAUUCUCUUUGCUAUUAAGUUAAUGGGGUUGUCUCACUUCAGUAAAUG